GGCACCGUAGAAAGGGACAGCCCUGGGGGUGAGUUGAACAGAGAGUGGGGCAGCAUGGAGAAGAGCAGCUACGGCAUGGCCAAGUUUGGGUUGGAGAGCAAACAGGCGAUGCCCAAACGGGACUGCGCCUUCUACAUGCGUUACGUCUUCCUCUUCACCUCCCUCAUCCAGUUCCUCAUCAUCCUGGGCUUGGUGCUUUUCAUGGUGUAUGGCAACGCUCACGCUGGCACCGAUAAUUACGUCCGGCAAUUGGAUGGGAGGCUGCAGGAACAAUACCAGAAAAUCAUCACCUUGAGCGGUCGGAAUGCCAACCUGACACGUACCCUCAACGCCACGCUGAAGGCCAACCAAGGGCUGCAGGGGCAGCUGCAGAAGGUGCAGGGGCAGCUGGACAAAUGCAACAGCAGCCAAGCCCCCAACAGCAACCCCAGGCUAGAAGACAUGAACAGGACCAUCAUCUUCCAAAAGACUCACUUGGAGAAGUGCUACAUGGGCAUCAACCUCAUCAACAUCAAGUGCGCCAACGAGAAGCAGCAGCUGCAGCAGCAGCUGGACAUGGCGACGCAGCAGAGGAAGGAGCUGGGGCAGAACUGCAGCACGGCUGAAACAGCCCUGGAUAAAGCCAAGCAGGAGAAAGAACGUUGCCAGAUGGAUCUGAAGGUGGCGGGUGCUCACUGCGUCACCACCAAGGGAGAGCUGGAUCACCUGAGGAGGGAAUGCGACACGCUGAGCUCCAACGUGCUGUACAACCUGCGCACCAUGAGCAUGAGCAACAAGAACUUCGGCUGCAGCCAAGUGGAGGAGCAGCUGAGGCUGCUGAUGCAUCGCAUCGAGGAGCUCUUCUCCAGGCAGCAGCAGCACGAGAGCAACUACGUGGGGAAGAGCGUCUGCGACUUGACUUUGCAGCAGUGUCACCUCAACUGCUCCCACGAGAAGCAGGAGCUGGGCAAGAGGCUGCAGGAGGUGCAGCAGCAGCUGCAAGGCAGCCAGGAGGAGAGGAGGAAGCUGCUGGCGGACAAGGAGAAGCUGAGCAAGGAGCUGGAUGAGAAGAGCAAAGUUGCUGCACAAGCCAACUACUUCAGCCAGCAGCUCAGCCUCUGCAUGAGCUCCAAGGUGGGCACCUACUACACAGCCCCAUGGGUGCCAGGCAGUGCUGUGGGCAGCGUAAGGUCGGGCCCCUUCCCCAGCUCCUAUGCGGAUCUGUUGCAGAAUCAGGAUAAAAUCAACACUGAGGAGAUCCAGAAAGUGGUGCAGAACGUGCUGGAGCAGUACACGGCCAUGAUGAGGAACCCCAGUGGGUAGCAUGAGGAGAGCCGUGGUGAGGGGCUGGAGGGCAGCAGGAUGAGCCCGGAGCGGCACGGAUGGAAAACCCCAACCAGGAGAGAGAAGGGAAUGAGCCCCAUCCCCCCCUUCCUCCCCUUCCCCUUCCACUCCCCCCCUCCCCAACCAAACCCCAGCCCAUGAUGCCCAUCCAUUCCUUCCUCCCUGCUCGGUGCCCACGUGUGUGUACCUGGAACUGCUGUGAAUACAAGCCGUGCUGAGCACUGACACAACUCA